AAACGUGAUAAGAUAUCGGGUAUCAGUGUCCGUGAUUGUCCGACGGAAAUGUGUUUUUUUCGAUUCGUUACUCGUUGGUUCUUUCUCCUAUGUGGUAUCGCCGGUUUUACUUUUCACCGUUCGUUUGUUUCGAUGAUAAUAAUUCGUCGGCCAAGUGAGCCAUUAAUCGAUCAUUAAUAUCGUCAGAAGCUAUGGCGUCGGUAUCGAGCGAUGAUGAACACAAGGUAAAAAGUAAUUCAUUUUUUGGGAAUAUUCGGCAGAUAAUGGAUUUAUCAUAGUUCACGUAGGUUUUUAGUCUAAAACGCGCCAAACUCGUUAAGCACAUAUGAAACUGUUGAUAAAACGUGUUGUUCGUUAUAAAGCGUGAUGCCAUACAUCUGCAAUUUCUAUGAACGGGCAGAAUUGAAGUAUCUGUUCGGGUCGAGCAGCUCUCUACUGGGGUUAUCGCCGUUGCAAGACGGAGAUAGAUUAUUUUCGGGCAUAAUUUAGGUUACUUUUUACUAUCGUUGUCAAUACCCAACGAGUGGAUUGAAUAUGGUUUUUGUUAAUUUAUAAGUUAUCUCGUUAAAAUGGAUUGUGAAAGUGAACAGAAAAAAGAAAAAAAAAAAACAGUUUUCAUCAUUAUUAUUUAAUUUGUUCGGCACGGGCAAGAAAGUACCGUUAAAUAGAAAUUCUGAAUUGAAUGAAAAAAUCCAUAUUAUACAACACUCAUUUACACGGGGUCUUUCAAAUCAUACGUUACAGUUUUAAGAGUAAGGCAGUAAACACAAUUUGAAAGAUCUUGUAUUACGAUAUUAAUGUUUGUUAAUGAUAAUAAACGAUUAAUAAUAUCUAUCAAAGAUGGAAAACUGUUUUAAUUUUCUAUCUGUGUUUAAAUUAUUGUUUUUAUAAUGGUUUUGAAAAAAAAAAAAAAAUUUGAGAAAUUAUUGUUUAUAGAAGAAUGGAAAGAAGAAGUAGACUAGCUGCUAAGCGUAUUCCUCCGUGGAAAUACGCCAAACAAAUAGAGUUUUUACUUCCAUACUUGCAUAGUAAGACGUAAGUUACAAUAUAAAUAUGAUUAAUAGAUAUUUUAAGUAUAAUAUUGUUUUGGUUUUCAGAACGCAUACUAAUUUAAAAUUACCAAAUACUUGAAUGAGAAAAUGUUAAUGAAUUCUUAUGGAUCGGAUGAAAAACAAGGAACAAAAAGUUGCUACAGUUGAACAAAGUCAACAAAAUUGUCGCGCGAAAUUUUAAGUGAAUUUCCCAUGCAUCUUUUAUCUAAUAAAAGGGAAAACACAGAUUUACAGAACAUAGAGAUGGCGUUUGUAACGCGAGAAAAUAGUAAUUUUCAAAACAGAAGUGAUGUAAACAAUUACUUGAUCAAUUUUAUGACUGACUUAAUUUAUUUAAGUAUGUCAAAAGUUGCUAAACGAUUUCCAAAAAAUAAAUGAAGCAUGACUUCGAAAUGUGUAAGAUUGUGUCACAAAUUCUUAUUAAUCAUUUAAAUCAAGACGUUCAUACAAUUCAAGUUUAUAAAUCCUAAGCUUUAACUAAAUCUUUUUGAUCAAUUUGAUUCACCAGUAGUGAGAAACGUGAAUAAUAUUAAUAAUUUAACUUAUUUUUUCUUAUUUAUACACACAUAUAUUUAUAAGUUUGUCAGGAUAUCAUUUUUUUUUUUAUUACCGGAUAAUAAUAUAUUUUUUUGUCAAUUUUUAGGUAAUUAAAUAUUAAGUUCUAUAUUUUUAAAAUUUCUUACAAUGUCUUUCCUCACCCAUUGCAUUAAUUAGAUAUUUUCUAUUUAAAUUUUUCUUUUUUCCAUGGUGAGAAUGACCUUUUACGUCUAUCUAUGUUCCUAGAAAACUCUGAUUGAUCUACUCUUGCAUUUAGUUAAUAAUUAAUGUAGAUGUUAUUUUAAUGUUGUUAAUUUAAGUAAGUAUGCUGUAUUAGUUAUAAAUAAUGAAAGUUCUAGUUAAACACGAUGUACAAACAAUUGGGCUCUGCCCAUUUGUAGUUUUAUAUAUAUAUAUAUAUAUAAAAAAAUGUAUUGUUAUUGUUCUUUAUUUUUUAAGAUUGUUGAGAUCAUUCAAACAUAUCCUUAUCUAUCUAUUUUGAUCUUCCAUUAUCUUCUGCCAAUCUGAAUUCUUAUGUUGCAACUCUGAGAAUAUUUAAUUUUAAUUUUAAUUUUUUGUUUUUAGCCCGUGAUGCUUUUUGGUAGGGAUUUGUCAAAAAUUCCAUGUUUUCGGAACUCAUAUCUGUAUGGUAUAAUUGGAGGAUUCGCCGUAGGAAUUGGUCAUUUUAUGUUUACCAGCAAAGUAACAAAGUCGACACACAUUGGCUUUGGUUCUUUCAUCGUUUUAUCUUCUGCUUAUUGGUAAGCGUAUAAUUAUUAUUUUUAUUUUUAAGAUUCUGAGUGUAGCAAGGAAUAAAUUAGUUUUACUAUAAUGUGUGCACAUUUUUUAUAAUUUUUUUUUUAUUUGUUAACAACUUUCCUACCAGAAAUCUUGUUCUAAUCAUAAAAUCGAAAGAAUGCUUUUUGGUAGUAUUUUUGAAGUACUAAGGAUCUAGUUGGUAAAUUCUUUGAUUUUUAAGCAGUUUUCAAUUUCUUAAUUAAAUUUGGAAAAAACAGUUUUUUGUAAUACAAGUUUCAUUAAUUUUGAUUUUGUUUGGUUAAAAAUAAUUAAAUCAUGUUUAAACAAAUUUUGCUCAGAAUUUUAUUUUGUUAGCAAUGAUAUAUCAUUACAUAAAGAUAUAAAGUAAAUAACUGUGUAUUUUACUUUCUCAACUUUCCACUUACAACAGUGGCAUAUCCAUCAUUGGCAUCGGAUUUGUUUUUACUUAUAAUAAUUAUUAGGGCCCGAAUUGAUGCAUUUUUAUACAUAUAUUAUAUAAUAUACGCUCAAUCAUUGAUAGUAUAAUGUGGAAUUUACAUAUCUAUUGUGAUUGUGAACAUAAUAUCCAAUGGAGAUAAUUGGAUAAAGAAUGGGAAUUUAUUUCCUUUUCACGGUUAGCAGUUUUAAUUAUUUUCAUUUUUUAUAAUAUACUUUAACUGAGAAAAUAAAUUAAAUAUUAUUAAAACAAUUACUCUUUAGAAUAAUCAAAAGGGAAGUAAUUUUCUAACAAUGUAUAACACCCAUAUUUUUAACUCGUAAAGUUGUUCAAUUUGUAUGUGUAUAUUGUCAUUAUGCGGAUAUGUUUUUGUAGUAGACAUUAAUUAUUUCAUUGCUGGUCAAGCAUAGUACUUAAGUACACAUUAGUGGAUAGGUUAUACAAGUUGCAAACAUGUCUUCAUCAUAGUUAAAUAUGUUUAUUUAUACAUUUAUUGAACUAUUAUUGAUUUCAGAUUCACCGUAAGCACUAUAUCUUACUAAAAAAAAAAUUCUAAAUUAUGUUAAUUUUUAAAUUAUUAUAUUUUUUGUCUGUAUCAUAUCUAGUGAUGGAACAAUAAAUUGAAACGUUAUUUGUACAUCAUCUAGAAAAAGAUAUAACUGAAUAGGACAUAUGUAAACCGUACAGUACACUGAUUAGUGUGAAUAAUUUUUGUUUUUACCAUUUUUUACUAUUAUUUUACUGACUAUCUUGUCAAUAAAAAAAAAAACUAUUUUUUAUUAUAAAAACUGUAUCUGGGUCAUAAUAAAGUAAACCACCUUGGUUUGUUAAAUUUGAAACUGUAAAUUAUAUCAUUAUUACUUAUAUUUGUCACUUUGAACCUGAUCUGGAUAUUUUUCAACAGGUCAUUAUGCAGAUAUAACCACAGUUAUACCGAGAAGCAAAUGAAUGAACUUAAGGAACUCAUAAGCACUAAAAAGAGCGGUAUCAAUGACAUCGAAUGACCGUGUGUCGUGUAACAUAACAUUUACGUAGGUAGUCUAUAUAAUCGUUAUGUAAGUAUGUUUUCAAUCAAUUUCCGAUCGAUGAAACCAUAAAAAAUGUUUAAUGUACUGUAUUAAUAACAUUAUAAUGUAGAAUGGUUUUUAAUUAUUUACCAUAAUGCUAUUGAUUUUAUUUUGUCAUGAUGUCACAAAAUUAUAGUUUUUGAUGUUGUACUUCGAUGUGCAUCGUUUACAAGAAUCUAGCGAGUUACAAAUGGGAACAAUAAACGAAAACUAUUUUAUGUGAUUAUUAAGCUAUUGUAUUUUUUU